UUGCAUGCCUCUCACGCUCUCUUCACGUCCGUUUCCUGAAAGCCUCUGAGCUUGCUGUCCAUCGGCGCAGUCUGUGGUUCUGUUUCUCUGUAAGACCUACAGCCUAACGAUGAAAAGGCCUGGAUUCUCCAUCUUUUCGCUUUUCCCUCUCUGGAUGACUUUUGGCAGCGCUGCUGCUUUAGAUGAACCCAAAAUCUGCUAUGUCUUGGAUGCCGUUCUAUUCAUCUAUGGAGUUGUCCUUACAGUCCUUUACUGCAGAAUGAAGUUGCUGAACGAAAAUGCAAAGAACAGCUCUUACAUAAAGAAAGAUGAAGGAGAGGGUGUUUAUGAGGGUCUUGCACCUCAUGCUGAAGAUGCCUAUGAGACCAUCCAAAUGAAGAAGAAAAAAACUGUAGCAUAGACUGACUUAUUAUCAAAUCAGAAAGACUUUGAGAUGUGAUGAGGAAUCAGUCUUAGCAACUCUCUGUAGUUGAGAGAGGGGCUCACUGCCUAACAUGGGGAAAAGUAUGGUUUAUGUUUACGUAGGGUAUGCUUUUGGUCAUCUUCUCUUAUUUCUAUCUAUCUGGUUCAGAUAUUUCUGGGGUUUUGUUCUACAAAUGUACCAGAAAAGAUUUUGUCAUCAAUGGGUUAGAAAAAUCUUUCACUUUAUGGUCAAAAUGAAUGUGCAUUAUUUAACUUGGCAUGCUUUUACUCAUCAUAUUGUUUUUAUUUUGAUACAUUUAUGUUAUGUGUCCUUCAGUGGACUAGACACUGUAGCCAAUAAAACUGUAAGAAAAUA